UCUUCUCGCUCUGCUCUGUGUCGCCAAGCCUGUGAAGCAAUCGCAGUUUGAGCAAAGCCACGGCAACAAUCGGGAAUCUGUGUGUGUGUUUGUGUGUGCUUCUCAGUUCAGAUCGAGGAAACUAUUUUACAACAGGAUUUGGGUAAUUCGUUGAGGAGGUUAAUUUGGAGGGCUUUGCGCGCAUUGGGUCGGGGCAUCAUCAUGUACACAGGAGGAGGCUAUCUGCCACCCAGGUUUACGCAGCCGCAGGAAGCGGAUGUUGCUGAGGAGGUGGCUGUUUCCAGUCGCAUCGUAGAGGCUGAAGGCAGUAGCUUGCCAAACGUGUUGAUAACAAAUGACGAUGGGAUCAACGCCCCAGGAUUGCGUGCUUUGGUUGCUGCUUUAAUCGAGGAUGGGAGCUGUCAUGUUUUCGUCUGCGCACCGGAUUCGGAAAAGUCAUCCGUGUCUCAUAGUAUUACACCUAGGGCUAUUUUAGAAGUUGCUUCUGUGAACAUUCCGGGAGCCACAGCAUUUGAAACCUCUGGAACUCCAGCUGAUUGUGUUUCUUUGGCUAUGACGGCGUCUAUUUUUCCAUGGACUAAACCCACCUUGGUCGUCAGUGGUAUUAACAAGGGCUCCAACUGUGGUUAUCACAUUUUCUAUUCAGGUACAGUAGCAGGAGCACGUGAAGCAUAUAUUAGCGGUGUACCAGCGAUUUCAAUUUCACUAGACUGGAAGAGAGGCAAGAGCAGUGAUGACGAUUUUAAAUCAGCGGCAGCUGUGAGUCUUCCUUUAAUAAAAGCUUCACUGCGAGACAUUCAGGGAGGAGUAUAUCCUAAAGGCUUCUUCUUGAAUGUUGAUUUACCUGCAAGUCCAUCGGAGCACAAGGGGUACAAGGUGAUAAGGCAAGGUACUUCUCGCCUGUCUUUAAAAUGGAAAAAAGUGACACAGGAAAAACGUAUGCAAAUGUUGAAGGACUCGGGUAUCGGUUUGCAGAUGUCACAGCUUGGACUUGCUGCCUCUGCCGCGGGAGCAGCCAGGCGUGCUAAUUUUAAGAAGCAGAAUCCUGAUGUCGAAUCAGUAGGGGCUAAUGAAGAGUCUGACAAGGAGCCCUCUCCAAGGAUGCGUUUUCGUCUAGAAGGUGCGGAGCAAGAACUUGGUGCGAUCGAGCCAGAUCACGAUUUUGGAGCAUUGCAACAAGGCUAUGUUUCUAUAACAGCUCUUGGUCUGGAUACCCAUGUGGAGGCCACCACGCGUGCACAAGUCGAGAAGUGGGUAGCUGGUGUAGCUCCCUCAGCUCUCUAAGUUCCACUCUAAUGUGAAGCAACUGAGGUGUUAGAGGGGGUUCCUCACCGAUAGGCUCUACUAUACUUGGACCAAUAUCUAGCAAGGAACCUAUGCAAAUCUAUCUGCUGGGAUCAACUUUGCACUGCAUGGUUAACUGUGGUGCUUUUGCUUCAUCCCUUUACAGGCAUAGUCCCUCGACUGGCUGUGAAGCGUUGAGAAGGGUUCUCGAUCGUCACAUGAGAAAGUUGUAGAAAGUUCUGGAUUGCUAGAGGCUCAUCAUCUGCAUGUGGGGAUGUGGUCGAUCUUGUGAGCUUGUUGUGAUGGCUGGGUUGUGCUAUUGCAUCACAAGCCACCGUUGAUCAAAUUUUUAAAGCUCAAAUUUAUUGUAACUAAUGCAAAAGCUCAAAGUACCUUCCCUGUGUGCUCAUCGA